AUGCUUCGCCUCGUGUUCACCAUAUACCUCCUCCUCUUGUGCCAAGUCCUCGCUCACUGGGACACCAGUGCGUGGGGUCAUGGCUGGAGGGAAAGAAACCACAGCAGCAACGGCUGGGGUGGCUGGAGAGGAUGGGCGAGCCCGCGGAUUACGCAGGGAAAGGCGAGUCUGGACACAGGAUCCCUGGACGAGAGUCCCAUGACGUUGAGCCCGCAAGAAAUAACCGUUCAACAGGAUGCUGCGCAGACAAUCAGCCCUCAGGAAGCUGCCGUACCAGUUGUUGCUACCCAGGAUGACAGCCUCAAGGCGCGGGAUGCUCAAGCUCAAAGGCCAACGGCUGUCCCUCCGCCAAAAGACGAUAAAUGGGAAGGCGGCUUCUGGGGACCCGGCAGCUGGUGGAGAGGCCUUCCGUGGGGAAGGGGAAGGCGUGGCAGAUUCGGCCGGCCAGAAGAUGAUAGCCAGCCAACGGAGACGUCACAAACCGCUGCGGAUUCUCUUCCACUCUCUGCCAAUACCUCAAGCAUCGCCACCACUCAGCUUGCCAAUUCUACAGCAACUGUUACUGAAACGGCAGAAACCUCAUUAGCUUCGACAUUGGACCAAGAGCCCGAACCUACCACUCUGAUAGUCGAUGAGAACGCCAAGGAAGAGUUCAGCACUGUUAUCGACAAUGUCGACCAGGAUUCGUCCGGCCUGUCCAGCAAAGAGCGUCGAGCCCUCGGCCUGAUAGUCACCCCAGUAGUCGCCCUCCCCGGCGUGACCCUGACUGCCAGCGUGGGACUGGCAGUCCAGACCUCUUCCGGCCAGCUACCUGUCAGCGUGGGUCUCUGCAUCGGUCUGAACCAGCCCGUCGGGUGCCCCGGAGUCUCCGCGCCGACGUCUGCUUCUACCACUUCUCGCACCACAACCCUUGCAGUCGUGCAGUCACUGGCGACACCAGCCCUAGUUUCGUCCGUCGCCACGCCGGUCUUGAGCGCUAGCAUCGUGACCACGACCCGCCUGACCAGCGUUGUUGCCCAGAUCGGCACGCAGACGGUCACAGUCCCGGCCAUCAUUGCCAGCCAGUCUCUCGUGGCCCCUACGUCGAGCGCGUCGCUGGCGUUGGGCGGGAUCGGCCUACCGCCUCUGCCCACGCUGACACUCGCCGUGUCGUCCCAGGUGAACGCCGUCUCCAGCGUGCUCUCGGGUGAGGUCUCGGUGGCGACUGCGCUCCUAGGCGGCCUGACCGGGCUGUUUCCCGUGGCAGCGCCGACCUCGGCGGUCAGCUUGCAAGUCCCCGUGAUAUCAGGCCACCUCUCGUCCGCAACCUCGCUGCUGGGCGGCCUGUCGACGCUCGCUCCCCUGGCCGUCAGCUCCCAGCUCUCCCAGAUCUCCGGCCACCUGUCCUCGGCCACGUCUCUCCUCGGGGUCUUGACCUCCUCCGCCGUCGUGCCGCUGCCCACCGCCAACCCGUCGCUGCUCGCCAGCCUGGUCAGCUCACAGGUGUCGGAGCUCUCGGCCCGCAUCUCCACGGCCAACUCCAUCCUCGCCUCCCAGGCCCUGCCUACAAACCUGCUCCCCACGGCCGUGGUCCCGUCGCUGUCCGCCGCCACGUCCCUGGUCGGCGGCCUGACCUCCCUCGCUGCGCCCGUGACCAUCGCCACCGCGCUGCCCGUCAACCCCACGAGUCUCGCGGCGGCCUUGAGCUCGCAACUGGGCAGCCUUUCUCUGCAGCUGUCGUCUGCGAGCUCGCUGCUUGGCGUGGUCACCUCCGCCGCAGCGGCCGUUCCCACCGCGACGGCCCUGCUUGGUGGCGGCAUCGGUGGCAUCGGCGAUGGCCUAGGAGGGAUCUUGUCGUCGGCUGCGUCCGCCGUGGGCGGGAUCGUCUCUGGUGGCGCCAGUGUCGUUCCGACCGCCGCUGUGGUGCCUGGUGUCUCUGGGCUUGUGUCGCUGGGAGCAUCACUGGGGAGCGGAACCCUCUCUGUCGGGGCCAAUAUUCUGCCGACUGGGCUUUCGGUAUCGGGGGUUCCUGUGGUUGUGCCCUCGGGAACGCCCGUGCUGGGUGCUACUGCUGUUAUCGGGGGCAGCAUCGUCCCGACUGGCAUCUCCAUCUCCGGGGUCGGCGUGCUGCCUGUCGCUACAUCGAUAUCGUUGGAAGGAGGUGGCAUCGUCCCGACCGGUGUCUCUGUUCCAGGAGUUGGAGUAGUGUCUGUGGCAACCUCGCUGCUGGGUGCUGGUGGCAGCAUAGUCCCAACUGGGGUCUCCAUCUCCGGAAUUGGAGUGGUGCCCGUCGCUACCUCGCUGGUGGCUAAUGUCCUCCCCACCGGCUUGUCCGUCUCUGGCACUCUAGGAGUUGUUCCAACUGGAGAGCCGCAGGUAGGCACCACUGGCGCUGUCGGGGGCAAUAUUAUCCCAACUGCCAUCUCGGUGCCUGGACUCGGUGCUUUGCCGGUGGUCACCUCGUUGGUCGGGGGCAGCGUCGUUCCAGUUGGGGUGUCUGUCACUGGAGUUGGUGUCUUGCCUGUUGCCACGACAGUGGUUUCAGGUAAUGUCAUUCCGACCGCGGUAUCGAUUCCCGGACUCGGUCCCGUCCCUAUUGCCACCUCACUGCUCGGGGACAUUGUCCCAACCGGAAUUCCGCAGUCCGGACUCUCCGAGGUGCUGUCUGUUGCAACAUCGCUACUGGGCGGCCUGACCUCCAGCGGGGCUGGUAUCCUGCCCACCGCCACACCACAGGCUGGUAUCCCAGGCAUAAUCUCUUCUUUGAACUCGCAGCUGGGAAGCCUCACAUCUCUCGUCGCUGCACUGCCAACGAACGAGCCUGCCGUUUCCGGGUUGGUGUCAUCUGUAGCUUCACAGAUUGCCAGCUUGACGUCGGUCGUUAACAAUCUUCCCGUAGAGACGGCUGGCGCUGGGGUUCCUGCGGUCGGUCUCCCGGGUACCUUGUCGCUGGGUGGCCUCACCUCAGCUGGUGUCAGCGGGGUUCCAACUGCUGGAGUGCUCCCCUCUGGCGUGCCUGAUGUUAUCUCUUUGGCAACAUCGCUUUUGGGUGGCCUGCCCUCUGGUGGCAUCAACCCGGUGCCCACCGGAACAGGACUGCCACUGCCUGAUGCCUCUGGUAUCUUGUCUUUGGCGACGUCUCUGCUUGGCGGUCUGCCUUCUGGUGGUGUAGGAGCUCUCCCAACUGUCACGCCCUUGCCAGGUCUCCCAACCGAUGUCAACCUCCCAAUUUCUGAUGCCACCCAGGUACUGUCGUCAUUGACAUCUCUGCUUGGAGGUCUGACGCUACCGGGUGGCGGCCUUGCCCUGCCGACAGGAACAUCUCAGCCCGACGUCUCAGGCAUCCUAUCAGCAGCGACGUCCCUUCUUGGCGGUGUAACCUCUGCCGGCGGCGUGGCUCUGCCGACAGCCACGGACAUCUCGUUCGUUCCUGUGGGCCAGAUCAACUCGCAGCUGUCUGGCAUCUCUGGACUUUUGUCUUCGGCUACGUCCAUCAUCGCGGGCAUUACCGCUUCCGGUGGCCUCGCCCUGCCCACCGAAGGCCCGCUCCCAAGCGAUGCUGCCGGCCAGAUCGGCUCGCAGAUUGCAGUAAUCUCUGGCAUUCUCUCCUCGGCCACCUCCCUGGUCGGAGCUCUCCCAACUGGCAGCGCCGACCUGCCCACCGGAACACUUCCACUGGUGAUUCCAACGGCGGAAAUCGGCUCGCAGAUUUCCGAAAUCUCCCAGUUCUUGUCGUCUGCUACAGCUGUGGUAGGCGCCGUGCCAGUUGCCAGCAUUGUUUCAAACGUUGGCGGUGGUGCUUUACCGACAGAUUUACCGGCUCCUGCUGUCUCGUCGCUUCUUUCUGCUGCAACGUCCCUCCUGGGAGACCUGAGCGGCGCCGCCACCACGCUCCAAGUCACACUGCCCGACGGAGUCAUACAGACCGUCACAGGCCUCGUGAACUCUCAGGUUGCCACCAUCACCACGGACAUCCUGGGUUUGCCGACCGUCUUGACCACGACGCAAGAUCUCAACGCACAACUGUCAAACAUCUUGUCAGCGGCCACGUCGCUCCUUGGAGAGGCUCCGGUUCCCAAUCCGACAGCAGGGGUUACGCCUUUGGACGGGACGUUGCAGAGUUUGACUAGCCAGCUGGGCUCACUGGUGGCGACAGUUACCACGGAAAUUGCUGGUCUUCCCACCACUUUGACAACCCUCGACCUCCCGACCGGCCAGGUUCUUGACCCUCCGGGCGUGGCAUCCCUGAUCAGCUCGCUGCUUGGAGGCUCCGGCCCUAUUCCGACAUCUUUGACACUUCCAGGCGGGAUAGUCGAGACCCUUACCGGUCAAUUGGAUUCACUGGUAGCGACAGUCACCACGCAAAUCUCUGGCUUGCCCACCACUUUGACGGCCCUCAACAUCCCGACCGGCCAGGUUCUUGACCCUUCAGGCGUGGCAUCCCUGAUCAGUUCAUUGCUUGGCGAACCUGUUCCUAUUCCGACAUCUGUUACCCUUCCAGGGGGAAUCGUCGAAACCCUCACCGGUCAGUUGGACUCACUAAUAGCUACAGUCACCACGCAGAUCGCUGGCCUGCCCACCACUCUGACGGCCCUCAACCUACCGACUGGUCAAGUUGUUGAUCCUUCAGGCGUGGAAUCUCUGAUUAGCGCAUUGCUCGGAGGCUCUGGCCCCAUUCCGACAUCCCUUGUCACGCUUCCGGGUGGAAUAGUCGAGACCCUUACUGGUGAUUUGGGCUCGCUGGUCGGCACGGUCACAACCGACAUUGGCGGUAUACCCACAACCCUGACGGUCAACCUACCCAACGUGGAGAUUCCCAACCCGUCCGGGGCUCUAUCUUCGUUGGGCUCGCUCCUUGGCAAUCUGGGGUCUCCUCUGCCAACCUCGGUGGUCACCUUGGCGGAUGGCACGGUUUCAACGCUCACGGCAGUAGCGGGUCUUCCCAUCCCCACCCUGACGGCGGUCAUCUCAGGGGUUCCGACGACUCUGGCACCGAUCAGUCUCCCCACCAACCUACCGCUCGACCCUACACAGGUCCUAUCAGCAGCCACCUCGCUGCUUGAUAGCUUGAACUCUGCCUCUGUUAUUCCGGGUGGUCCGAUCCAGAGCCUCACCAGCCAACUCAGCUCGCUCCUGGUCGCAGCAACCAGCCAGCUCUCCGCCCUGCCGACGAGCGUGCCGGCGGUCAACCCCGGGCCGAUAUUUGCGCCGCCCAACAUCGCAGAGCUCUCGUCCCUCGUCUCGUCGCUGCUCAGCAACUGGUAUCCAGCCACGGCCAUCCCCAGCGGCGUCAUCGACAGCUUCGUCACCAAGCUGCUGCCUCUUUUCGGCCCGGGCCUGCUGACGCCGGCCACGACGACGGGGAUCCUCCUCCCGACCGGCUUGGCGCCCAUCCCUUCGCAGGUCUCGUCGCUCGUCACGUCCAUCCUCGCAGACGUCGCCUCGGCCACCGGCGUGCCCAGCAGCGCCGUCCAGAGCAUCAUCAGCGAGCUGGGCCCGGCGUUGAGUUCGGUGGCGUCUCAGACGCUGCCGCUGCCCACGGCCGUCCCUACACUAGCCCUUCCGACAAGUCUCCCGCCCGUCGACCCGUCGGCAAUUGCAUCUGCCGUCUCGUCCGUCGUGAGCGGCUUGCCGCUGGCCACGGGAGUUUUCACCCUACCCGACGGCACGGUCCAGACCGUGACGGGGCUUGUCAACCCGCCCCUUGCAACCGUCACAACGGCGAUCGGAGGUGUUCCGACAACAUUGACCAUCGGCGGCCUGCCGGGCAUCGUAUCCUCGGUCGGGUCGUUGGUCGAGAGCCUGACUGCCCUCCCGCCGCUGGCUACUAGCUUGACGACACUUCCUAAUGGCGUGGUCGAGACGGUCACAGGCUUACUGGGCAGCUUGACUGAUGGCGGCGCCCUGCCGAUAGCAACGGGAGUGGUAACUCUCCCCGGCGGAAUUGUUACCACUGUGACUGGUGUUAUUAACAGCGCCGUUGGUGGGCUUCCACCGCUGGCUACUAGCGUAACGACACUUCCCAAUGGUGUGGUCGAAACGGUUACAGGUCUACUGGGUAGCUUAACUGGUAGCGGCGGCCUGCCGGUUGCAACAGGAGUGGUGACCCUCCCUGGAGGAGUUGUUACCACUGUCACUGGUGUCAUCAACAGCGCCGUUGGUGGACUUCCACCAGUGGCAACCGGAUUGACCACGCUCCCUGGUGGUGUUGUCGAGACGGUUACUGGCCUGCUCGGUACUGUGACCGGUACUAGCGGGCUGCCGAUAGCAACUGGAGUAGUAACCCUCCCUGGCGGAAUCGUUACCACUGUUACCGGUAUUGUCAACACCGCAGUUGGUGGGCUUCCGCCAGUGGCCACCGGAUUGACCACACUUCCUAAUGGUGUUGUCGAAACCGUUACUGGUCUACUCGGCAGUGUCACGGGUACUGGUGGUCUGCCCAUCGCAACCGGAUUGGUGACUCUUGGUGAUGGCACCGUCAACACGGUCACCGGCAUUAUCAACAGCGCAAUUAGUGGCAUCCUGCCAAUAGCAACCGGAUUGACAACACUAUCCGAUGGCACCGUCGGUACAGUAACUGGCAUUAUUGGAAGCGCCGGUACUGGCGUCUUGCCAGCAGCGACCGGAGUGUUCACCCUUCCUGACGGCACUGCUCAGACCAUCACAGGCCUACUGGGCAGCUUGACCGGCAGCAUAUUGCCAAUUGCGACGGGCGUGGCUACUCUUGCAGACGGCACUGUCAACACGGUGACCGGAGUCAUUGGUGGCGCAGGGACUGGUCUUCCGCCCGUAGUAACCGGAACAGUUACCCUUGCCGACGGCAACGUCCAGACGAUCACGGGUGCGCUUGGCAGUUUGACUACUGGCUUGCCGCCCUUGGCUACGAGCUUGGUCACCCUUCCUGGUGGUGUUGUUCAAACAGUUAGCAACCUGGUCGGUAGUCAGGGUGCAAUCCCGACCGCGGUGACCGGCGUCGUCACCCUUCCUGGUGGUGUCGUUCAAACGAUCAGCAGCCUGGUCGGUAGUCAGGGUGCUAUUCCGACCGUGGUCACUGGCGUCGUUACUCUCCCUGGUGGUAUUGUUCAAACAGUUAGCAGCCUGGUCGGUAGUCUGGGUGCAAUCCCAACCGCGGUGACAGGCCUGACGACCCUUCCCGACGGCUCCGUGCAAACCCUCACCAACCUGGGCGGCAGUCUUGGCUCAGCCCUACCCGGAGUGACAGGCCUGACGACUCUUCCCGGCGGCGCCGUGCAGACCCUCACGGGCCUGUUGAGCUCACAGAUCAACGCAGUCCCUACGGGCGUCGCCACCGUGCCAGGGCGGCCCGCCAAUGUCAUCUCCGGCCUUUUGGAAGCCAUCAACGCAAUCAUCAACGCCAUCAGCGCGCUCCUGUCCAGCCCCGGGGGCUUGAGGGAUCUGCCCAGCAACGAGGUUUCCAGGAUCAUUGGAGCAGCUACUUCGCUCAUCGGUGGUCUCACGGGCGUUUUCCCCGCGCCGACGGCCGUGACCACCACGCUGCCCGGCGGCGGAAUCCAGACCUUGACCGGCGGCGUGGUUACAAACGUCGCCAGCGUCACCACCGCCAUAGGCGGGUUACCCACCACGUUGGUGACCAGCCAGAUCUUGAGUCUUGGGGUGCCCAACUCGAACCUCCCCGGGGCCGUGGCAUCCGUGACUUCGUUCCUAGCUAGCCUGGCUUCGGAGCUGCCCACGCCAACCGCCUUGACAACCCUCGCCAACGGAGCAGUAGAAACAGUCAGCAAUGUGAUCGUCACGCAGAUCGCCACGGUGACGACGCAAGUCUCCGGAUUGCCCACCACGUUGGUCACGAGCCAGGUUAUCAGCCUCCCGCCUGCAAACACCAACCUCCAGUCGGCGAUUGCAUCCGCGACUUCUUUGCUGGGUGAUUUGACUACAAACCUGCCAUCGGCAACAGCCAUCACGACGCUGGCGGACGGCAGCCUCCAGACCUUGACUGGUGGACUCCUCACGCAGAUUGCCACCCUCACCACCCAGGUCUCCGGCCUUCCCACCACGCUAGUCACCAGCCAGAUCAUCAACCUGCCCAUUCCCAGCCAGACGCUGGAUUUCACCAGCCUCCUAUCCUCUGUAAACUCGCAGCUGGUGAGCUUGACAGCAAACCUGCCACUGCCGACAGCAACCGUCACCACCCUCCCCGACGGAACGGCGCAGACCGUCGCCGGAAGCAUCAUCACCCAGAUUGGCGUCGUCACGACCCAGAUCUCCGGAGUGCCUACGACCAUUCCCACCACCCAGCUGUUGACCGUGCCGUUGUCGAGCGUCCCGGCGCUCGUCGCAUCGGCCACGUCGUUGCUGGGUAGUCUCACUGCCAUUCAGCCGUUGCCGACGAGCGUGACUACGCUGCCCAACGGAGUCGUCAGCACGCUAACCGGUGUUGUCGGGGCGCUACCGACGCAGGUAGCUACUCUCACAACUGUUGUCAAUGGCGUGCCGACAACCAUCACGUCCGCGCUCCCGGGGUUGGUCAGCUCCUUGACUUCGCUUCUGGGCUCCCAGGCGACCGGGUUGCCCGCUACGCUCACGACUGUGAUCAAUGGCGUGCCGACGACAAUUGUCAAUUCAGGGCUCCCGAGUUUGGUCAGUUCUCUGACGGCGACGGCCUUGCCUGCGACAGUUACCACUGUGGUCAAUGGCGUGCCGACCACAAUUGUGAACUCAGGAAUUCCCGGCGUCAUCAAUUCUUUGACGUCCCUUGUCGGGUCCCAGGCUACAGCCCUGCCCGCUACGCUCACCACGGUGAUCAACGGGUUGCCGACCACAAUCGUAAAUUCAGGGCUUCCGAGUUUGGUCAAUUCUCUGACGGCGACGGCCCUGCCUGCGACACUUACCACUUUGAUCAACGGAGUCCCAACUACAAUUGUUAAUUCGGGGAUUCCCGGCGGUGUCAAUUCUUUGACCUCCCUCGUGGGCUCGCAGGCCACAGCCCUGCCUACGACAGUUACCACUGUGAUCAACGGAGUCCCAACUACAAUUGUUAAUUCGGGGAUUCCCGGCGGUGUCAAUUCUCUGACUUCGCUUGUCGGGUCACAGGCCACGGCUCUACCCGCAACACUCACCACGGUGAUCAACGGAGUCCCAACUACAAUUUUGAACUCAGGGGUUCCCGGCGCCAUCAAUUCCUUGACCUCACUUGUGGGUUCACAGGCAACUGCGUUGCCAGCUACGCUCACCACGGUGAUCAACGGAGUCCCAACUACAAUUGUAAAUUCAGGGGUUCCCGGUGUCAUCAAUUCAUUGACCUCGCUCGUGGGCUCACAGGCGACCGGUUUGCCUGCAACAAUCACUACUAUAAUCAACGGUGUGCCGACUACAAUUGUAAAUUCAGGGGUUCCCGGCGCCAUCAAUUCCUUAACCUCACUUGUGGGUUCACAGGCAACUGCGUUGCCAGCUACGCUCACCACUGUAAUCAACGGGUUACCGACUACAAUCGUGAAUUCAGGGGUUCCCGGUAUCAUCAAUUCCUUAACCUCACUUGUGGGUUCACAGGCGACCGGCUUACCUGCAACAUUCACCACUGUCAUUAACGGGUUACCGACUACAAUCGUGAAUUCAGGAGUUCCCGGCGCCAUCAAUUCCUUGACCUCACUUGUGGGUUCACAGGCAACUGCGUUGCCAGCUACGCUCACCACGGUGAUCAACGGAGUCCCAACUACAAUUGUAAAUUCAGGGGUUCCCGGUGUCAUCAAUUCAUUGACCUCGCUCGUGGGCUCACAGGCGACCGGUUUGCCUGCAACAAUCACUACUAUAAUCAACGGUGUGCCGACUACAAUUGUGAACUCAGGAAUUCCCGGCGUAAUCACUUCAUUGACCUCCCUCGUGGGCUCACAGGCAACCGGUCUGCCUGCAACACUCACCACUGUGAUCAACGGCGUGCCCACAACAGUGGUGUUGCCACAGGGAUCCGGAGCCCUUGGUGGCGCUACUUCUCUGCUUGGUCCGGGAGUUUCCCAGUUCGCUACCAUCACCACCCUCAUCAACGGCUUACCAACCACCCUGACCUCGCUCCUGGGCGCUCAGGCCACCGCCAUACCUACGACCUUGACCAGUGUGGUCAAUGGCGUGCCUACAAUACUGACAACUCAGCUACCUACUCCAAUCCCCUCGCUGACAUCCGCGGUCGGGUCUCAAGUCACUGGUUUGGCAGCCACUCUGGUCAGCGUGGUCAGCGGUGUGCCUACAACAAUCACGACACAACUGGCCGUCCCAGUCGGGUCCUUGACAUCAGCCGUGGGUUCGCAAGCCACUGGACUGGCGGCGACGCUGACCACGCUCGUAAACGGUGUACCCACAACAAUUACUUCUCAACUGCCGGGGGUUGUUGGAUCGUUGACAUCCCUCGCCUCACAAGCUACGGCGGUCGCUGGUGCAACAACCAUAGCCUCGGGUGGCCCCAGCGCUCUCCCAACGCAGGCGCAGGGCGGCAUCCUAGAUAUCCUCUCGUCGCUCCUCGGCUCUGGCGGGUCAGGACCGGCGACUCUGACAGCCAUCAUCAACGGUCAGCCCACGACCUUGACUCUGAACCCCACCGGGGCCAUCCCCUCCACGCUCUUGACAGGCGGGUCUGGUUCUCUGCCCACAAACCUGCCCGGCUCCAUAAGUUUGGAUCCGAAUGCUGGAGCACCAGUCAGUACAGUGACCGCGGCCGUCACAAAUGUAGUCUCGGGUGUGACGCAGAUAGGAGUCACGACGCAGACAAUCCUCGCCUCUGGUUCGGGCCUACCCACGGGACUGACCACGCAGCUCUCAGGCCUCCCGACGGGCGGCACGGGGCUGCCCCUCCCAACCUCCACGGGUGGAGUUGGCGUCCCGCCGCUCGGAGGCCUACCGUCAGGCGUCAUCCCUGUGGUGUCGUCUAUUGUCACCCAGAUAUCUGGCCUGCCGGUGACUUUGGUGUCCACCGUGAUCCCGACCCUGGCGCAACCCACAGGCCAGGCGCCCUCUUUGUCUCUUCCAGGAACCGGGAGCGGUGGAGUGCUUCCAACUUCAAUCAUUAGCGCCGUGGUCACCCAGAUAUCUGGAGUCCCGGUCACCUUGACCUCUGGCCUCCAGGGCUUGCCGUUGCCGACCACUCUUGUCACCUCUCUGCUGUCCAGCUUACCAGGCCAGUCGGGCAUUCCUGGAGCAAGCGGUCUGCCGGGACAACUGUCGUCCCUUACAGCCAUUGUCAACCCGACUUCUGUCAUUGGAGGUCUUCCCGGCACUUCGGCGGUUGUUCUACCGGGAGGUCAGCCCCAACCCAGCGGGUCUGGCCAGCUCCCCGGGCCCGGUCAGGUUGGGCCACCAAAGGUCUGUUCCAACUCAGGGCUCGAACUCCUGCAAACCAUCGUCCCCAUCAGCGGCCUCGGCUCAUGGGUGGCCAGCGGCACGGCGGGAUUCGUCAAUACGGGCUCCGACCCUGCAUUCCCAUUCAUCAGCAGCAGCAGCAGAUAUCUACGUCUCGUAUCCACUUCAGGCGGCACAUGCUCCCUCUCCCAGCCCAUCACCCGCGCCAUCGUCGCCGACACGCUCACCAUCUCGUUCGAGUGGGCCUUUUUGGGCUCCGCGACCGGCUGCACCCUGUACGCGACGGCGGGCGUGCACAGCAGCUGCGUCAAGCCGUCGUUCAGCGGCGAGCGGGGCACGCAGGCCGUCACUUUCUCGACGGCCGGGUUGGGCGUCAGCGUCGCCUCGGUCGGGCAGCUGGUCAACUUUUCCUUGUCUUGUGCCGCGGGGGCUGGGUCUGGCGCUAUCAAGAUUGAGAAUUUGAGUCUUAGGGCUUGUUAA